AUGGAGAGCGAGCCACCAUCUGCCGACGAGGGGCGGCCGUCCCGGAGGGGACGCUUCAUGGGCAAGCUCUUUGGCAAGGACAAGAAAUCACAGGACAAUUCUCCUGCCACGUUGGACGCCUUCCUACACAGCGCUGCUGAUCAUCUCGAAGCUCAACAGAACCGUCCUAUGGCUCCGGGAAAGAUGGAGUCGAAAUCACCGAGGAUAAGCCCCCGACCAAAUAAGAAGGGUAUGACCGUACGUUUUGCCGAUUCAUACCCAGAGAUAAUCGGCGACGGCGGUGAUGAGUCCGAUAUACCGACCAUUGAGAUUGGGAGGAACAAGAGAGCGAGGCCGCCGCCGCCGCCAGUCCAUCGAUCUCCAAGGCUCGGCCCAGCGGUACCACCAGCAGGAGGUCCCCGAGGACCGCCAGGAGGACCGGUUGGGUUUCCGGGAGCAGUCGACGACGUUUUUCAGCCCAAACCUCUUCGAAGGACUCAGACGGGCUAUUCGUCUAUUCACGAACCAGAAAAGGAGGAGCGAAAUACGUCACUCAUGCCACCGGGUGCCAACGACCGGGGGACCGGCAACACCUUGGUGCCUGGAGGAACUGCGUCGGCCAGAUAUCUUGAAACAUCCGCGAGGCGCGACGAUCAGCGGAAAUCUUUCAUCGAGAUACACCAAGCUCAGAUGCGUGAGGCAGAGGGCAAGGCGUUUGCACUUGCUGCUAGGACGGCGAGUUCGACGUCUCAGAACGAUCGGGAGGACGUCACCCGACCUUCGUUAUCUAAUGUGGACGAUUCUCCCGACUCAUCCCGCCGGUAUCCAUCAUCACCCGAAACACACAUGAAGAAGCCUGCUUUGGAUUACAGCCCUGCCGCCUCCAUAUCUUCAAAUACUUCUAGCGCAUACCAACUGUCGAACCCGUCCCAAACAAGCCUCCCAGUCCGCCAACCUAGCGCUACAUCACAAAAAGGGCCUCUACCUGGAGGAUCUUCACCUGGCCCGCCGCUUGGCCAUCCGCCGCCAAUAGCUGCGAGAUCAGCGUCUAUUAGGCUACAGGAUGCUGUUGCCUCGGCUGGAGAAGACGAUGCCCUGAACGCCUUCGUCACGGGCACAAAGCACCUGUUUGAGCUCUUUAGGCUACAUGCCGAAGCGAUACAGCCGCUUUUGACAUGCGCUCCUAAAGACUGCGCACGCGCGGCCAUAUGGUGGUUUUUGAAAGGCAGGAUGGGCUUAGAAUCAGCCGUCCGAGAGCGCCCAACUUCUCCCCAGUCGCAGAUGCAGAAUGAGCUGGACAGGCAGCAAGCCUACUCCAACCUGGCCAAGGGCUAUUGGCUUUGCCGGGAAGUGAUACCGGAAAUUAUGGAUGGACUCGGGCUUGCCCCAGAUGCAGAGGUCACUGGAGCAUCACAAAGUCUUGUCUCGGCACUAAGAAAGCUGUCACAGUCUAUGAAGCGGAAUGGCUUCCUUCCCCCAGAGGAGCCGUUUCUGCCUCAGACUAUUGACAAAUCAAUAUGGCUCGAGUACCCCUCCCUCAGCCAAGAUUUAAAUGCUCUUUUAUCCGGGAACUGGUCGUCUGGCUUGACAGCGAUGCAACACCCAGUGCCUGCAUUGCAACUUCUCGAAGCAUUCCCUCUGGGUGACACCGUCGAAUACUUCAGCUAUGGUCGCGUUAUGGCAGAUGUAUUUCUGAUGGAGCAAGGACGAGAAUCUCAAAGAAUCUUUUUGCCGUGCAUUCUUUCCAUGGUCCGACCUCAAAAGAGCACAGGACUUGUGUUUAUCAUUGCUAGCCAAAACGGAUGUGUGCAGUUGGCCAUCCAGGAGAAUAAGAAUGUUGGACCAGUCUGGGAAGACCUUCGAUGGCAGAAUGAUACUUGCGCUGUAGAAGUUCGAAUGCCUCGAGGCUUCUUGUUGGUUGUGCAAUUGAAUCAGAAUGACUACAGGACCCUCUGGAACAUGUACGAUUUUGGAUCAAAAGUGCAGUCGACUUUGCGCCCUCGAAGCGAUGAGCUUGUCGUGUUCAGAAACAACCUGCGGUCUUUCCAAUACCUCGAUGCAGACCCUCAGUCACGCGUUUUCCCCAAAGAAGCCGUACCGCAGUGCGACAUAGCUUUGUUCGAGAAGAUAUACAAGGAAAGUGGCCCGGCAGGUCCACGUAGUUGGCAUUGUGGAUUUCGGGUUGCAGUAGUGACGGGACCUCGUACCAGAGCCACCAGCGGUGUUCAGCAUAACUUUCCACCGCCGCUACCUGUUCAAUUCGGCUUCUUCAGAGGCGAAGGAGACGCUCCAGCAUUAUCGGUCAGGUUUGUUAAUGGCCGACAAAAGGGACGAAUGGUGUUUGUGUUUAGCGAUGAGAAGGAAAGAGUCAAGUUCCACUCCCUUUUGACAGGGACAGCGCUGAAUCACGACGAGAGAGUCAUGGCUGAUGCGCCUCUCAAGAGCUUUAUGGUAGCGCAAAGCCUACGUGAGCCAACUGGUAUCGUGCCUUUUAGUCGCAUGCCUUGGAAAGCCGCCAGAGUGGUCAACGACGAGUUUAGCUCUAAUGGGGACCUGCCGCCUACAGUUCUGGCAGACAAGCUCAAAGUUAUCCUGGAGUACCAGAAUGGCACUGUUGCGGACAGAGUAAACGUCGCGCCCGGCGAGCUGCGAAUGCGGCUUGAGGUAUCAAAUGCACAUGUAUUACGUGUUCUCCGCCAACCGCAGCAGGAUAUCACAAUGUCGGUCUCAGAGGCCCAAGUGUCAAAGGAACUUCCUACAAACCUGGCAGAUGCUCUGCAACUCCUCAAGGCAAACCAAACUAUUCGCUCAUAUGAGUUCAAUAAUUUGAAGGAUCUUCACGAGUUCCAAACCGCGAUGACUGGAUUCGAAAUCAUAUUUGAUUCCAUUGCAACAACUUUUGCCAUCUCAAGAAGACGUAUGGUCGUUCCCAUUCACAAAAAGUGGGAAGCGGGCUUUACAAGAAUCCAAGUGGUGAAAUUAGAAGAUAGACAACUUCAGUUGCUGGCCUUCUUCGAGGACUUCCAGUAUGGGCACUGUAUGAACUUUGUGCUCAAGGGCACGGAUGUCUACGAAACCUUUCAAAGAGGAAGCAAGGCCGGGCUCAGGUUUGUCGACGCCAAGUUCCCUUUACCACAGCUACCAGCGGACAAGGAUUCGGAUUACGAUGACAUGGCCUUUGUGUGUCUCGAUCUACCAGAUCUCCCUGGUGAACAUGAUGACAUUUUUAUCAUGUUCGAGAACGAAGCAGAUCGAGACCUACUUUGCAAAUGCCUGCCCGCUACCCCCAAAGGGUCAUCAAGAAUCUCAUCUCGACUGAGGUGA